AUGGUCCGGCUCGAUCACAAGAGCUACUUGUCUCCUCCUGGAUCGCAGCCCUCCUCGCAACCACCGUCUCAGCCGUCUUCCUCCAGCAGCCACUCGGACCAUGCGCAUUACUCGAUUGUGGAGGACUACAGCGGCUCCGAGCGUACUCGACCUGACCAAUUUGUGCCUCCCCGCCAGCCUCCUGCACUCUCGUCGUUCGAAGGACCCAAGCAGUUCGUGUCACCCGCCUCGACGGUGAUCAGUGCCCCGCCGCCCCGAUCGUCAUCCUACUCGCGCCUCGACCAGUUGCCGGGCCAGCAGUCUCUGUCGCAGGCCGGCAUGCAGGCUAUGGGCUCUGCCGGCUCUCCCGGCCGGCAACCGAUCAAGAACCCCCCGCUUCACAUCAACACGGCCAGGGCGCAGCGAUCAAUGUCGCCGACGUACCAGAAUCAGCGCCGCUCGACCUCGCCCCUUGGCCCCGGCGUUCCCCUUCCCGGUUCAACCAGCUCUUCCUCACUGCACGCGUUUUCUUCAGCGACACCCGUGCCCAGCUACCCGCCCAUGUCACCUUCCGGCCCUGUGCACGCGGCCCACAUGAUCUCACCGGGCCCCUCCUCGAUUGCGACCCCCGUCCGUGCGGUCGCCCCUCCAUCGCGAGUUAACCCGAUGGUCGGCGCGAGUCCUCCGGCUAUACCACCGGCUGCGCCGGCGCAGCCACCCAGCUUUGGUCAGGUUGCAGACGAUGCCGGUCCUGCUACUCCUGCCGGUCCUGCCAGCUCUACCGGGCAUGCUUCGUCUGGACCGGCCUCGCCGGCCGUUGGUCUCGCAGUUUCCGGUCCCGCGAUUCCCGCCAUGCUGGCGCAGGCCCCUGCACGCUCGACAUCGCUUGACCCCCGCGCUGGACCGGCCACGCCCAUCUCGCCCAUGAUCCAGACUCCGUCUGGGGCCAUGCAGUUCCCAUUCUCGGCGCUCAGUCCCAACCCGUCACCCAAGCAGACGUUCUCGCCCCUCCCUUCCGAGUCCCACGAGAUGGAGGAGUACUUUGACGCUCUGUCCGUCGACCAGAUCAUACGCGAUGCCCCCCAGGUCCAGAACGUCGAGCCCCAGUACGCACCAGAUGUGCAGGGCCUCACGGCCAGCGUUCACGGGUACAUCUCUCCCCUCCCGAGCCCGAGCCCGGAGCGUCCGGAACGCCUCCCGUACUUGAGCGGUCUGAGCGCAAGUUCGGAGCGCCUACCCUACCUCAGCCCCGAAGGCGGCAGCCCGACUCGCCACUCCCAGCAGUGA